CCGUUUAUCAAGUAUCUCGCAAGAGACAGAGGAAUCGGACAUCUCGAUAUUGGCGCUGUUGUAUUCUUCAAAGUCUUCCAUGGAUAAAUCAUUAUGAAAAAACAAAGAAAAGGAGAUCGAAAAUUUAGUGGAGGCUGCAGAAGGAAAGAUAUAGCCCGUGUUAGAGCGUUGCAUCAGACGAGGCUUAAAGACAGCAGACGAGAAAUUUCGAUGAAUCUGUGGAUUAUACUGGCCAUCACUUGGAUAAGCAUUUCCGUCGUGAUAGCUGACCCCAAGUGGUUCGUCCACGAUUCUCCCCUUGAUGGGGGGGAUAAUGAAGAUCUAUUCUCCAGUGAACAGCUGCUUCCAGUUCAACUGAAGACACACAAAAAUCCAAAACCUGCCGUUCCUCAUAUUACACCAAAAAAACAAGAUCAGUCACAUGAUAAAAAAGUCAGCAAGGGUGCAGAUAAACCGAAACCAAAACCCGUGGUCAAACAAGAGGCGAAUGAAAUAGAGUCAGAGAAUCUGAUUCUGGUUCACAAAAAACCCACACACGCAACAGGCAGAAAACCAUUGCAGGUUGUUGAUGAUCGGAAAAAGGUUGAAGUUAAAACUAUCAAGACCGACACAAAACCUGUACGCAGUCCGCAAAUCCUUGACGAGGAAGAACCGUGUGAUCCGGAGAAGGACAUCGACUGCCUCUUGGAGACGGAGGACCUCAUCCUCGUUAGCAACAAGAAGGUAAAGCCGGCUGAAGCAAAGAGGCUGAAUCAGCAGGCAAUCAAACACGACUUGGUGGAGACAAUGAAGAUAAAAGAAGACAUAAAGCCAGAAGUUAAGAAAACUGAAGAAGCUGACAAGUCGGCACUUCACAGAAGAUUGCUCCAGAGAGAUGGACUCGACCCCGAGGCUGUCGUUCGUCAGAAGCCCGCACUGCAACCUCUGUUGGAGGAGGUCGUGGAGGAAGAGGAGGAUGUUCUUGCCAACGAGAUCUACUCCAACGAUCAACAAGCUGAAGAGAUCAUAAGACGCUUCAAGAGGCAGAUUCAGACAGACGAGGCUAUUGGGUCAGGAGAUGGUGGUGGCGCUAGUUUCAUGAACACGACGGAUACCACAGAAACCCCAUCGUUCACGAUGCCACUCAGCAUAACCAUGGAGCAAAAACAUGACACCGGAACCCUGACACCGGAAGAAAAAUCGAGCUAUAAAGACAUGUUCAAGACGCAGUUGGACGGCAUUUUCAGCAAAAUUGAGGGAACAAAAGCCGUUGUGAAGAAUAUUCGCCUUGACGAAAACAACCGUGUGACGAUGGACUGGGAUCUAGUGAUCACUCUUACUGGGGCGCGCGGAACCACUGAUACCACUCAGUCUCAGAACCUUCUGCUGAACGAUUUGGUUACAAUUGGUAUUCCUGCGGUCAACAAUAUGAUUAUAAAUGGAAGUGUUGUCUACAAAGGACUGGAAGAAGUGGUCGUUAAACCAGCAGCCGAACUUUUGUUAAAGGACACAUGCCAAGCAGACAACGCUUGCCCCAGCGAGUACAUAUGUGUACGAAACGAAGCGUCUUUAACCUAUUGCCACCACAAGUGCUACAGUUCAGGACUAAUUGAUGAAUGUCAAAAUGGAGGCGCCUGUCAAAUCAACGACAACUACGAACCAUAUUGCCAAUGUGGGACGGGAUAUUCAGGGACAAAGUGCGAGCAGGCCCCGUCGUCUCAGAGUCCAUCCUACACCAUAGGCCAAAUCGUGGGUGCUGGAGUCGGUGCCGCCAUGAUGGUCAUAGCAACGGCAUCGUGCUGUAUAUACAUCGCGUUCUUCAGGAAGAAGAAGGAAGAGGACAUGGAUUACUCUUAUUUUGGUGACGAUGAUUCGUCGGGUCCUGGUGCCUUCAGUGACGCGGACACAGCUCUCGGAAUUAGCAACUAUUAUAUCGACCGUCCUAGUGUCAGUUUAACGCCCCUGGAUAUAUAUCAUCAAACGGGAACUCAUGCUUAAAUCGGAAGGACGCUAGGAUAACAAAUUGUUACUUGCUCAAUUGUAGCGAUUGUCCCAAUGAUGCUUAGCAACCGUUGCUAGGCUACAGGAAGGACUGGCGAUGGAGCUUGUUUUCUUGGUGUUUUGUGUCAAAUCGAAUUUCGAAUCAAGGAAACCUGACGAAGUCGCGGUCCUGACUUUCUGGGGGCAGCUGUCUGAGACGAUCGAUGAGUGCGAGUUCCACGCUCUGCACGUUCUGCGCGUGCUGCUCGUACCGCACGUACAUGCCACGAGGCAUGAAUGUGAACCAGUGAACUGAUCUCAAUACACAUGGGUGCAUAUCCGCACGUGGGCCCUUCGGCAGCUAGAGGAUGCAAUACUGAAGACACGCUGUGAGACUUUGUUCUGGGUGACAGACCAUACAGGUGAUCUGUGUUAGUUUCCUGAGGGAUUUUUUAGAAGGAGGACAUAUAUUCCCACGGUGUAGUCGUAAACAAUCACGCUUUACAGUCACGUAGUCGGGAUAACAAUGUCAAAGGUCACAUCAUCCCUCGAUGUGAAUCCCAAAAAAUAUUUGUGGUAAAAAUACAAAAUUAGAAGGAUAGCCCUUAUCAUACCCAUUCACAAAUAUACCAUUGCUUUCGGUGUUUCAGUUUUUCAAAAUUUCAUCUUUAUGUCUAAUUUGUUUUUGUAACUCGAUUACACUUGAUCGUAAAAAGACGGAAUGACAUGUCAUAUGGAGGGAUGUAGUGUCUCAAAGGCUUUAAUUUAUAAUACUAGUGCCAGUUUUGCCAAAGUGUUGUGCUCAUCACGGGUAUUGUUCUUUAUUGGAGGAAGCCACUGCAAUGUUAGUCAAAUGUCUCAAGUUGAAAAAAGAAAAAUCUGUGAUAUUUUCUGCAGUCUUCCACAUUGUUUUACACGGUGAAACUUAUUCCAGUUAUUAUUCCGAGGGAAUUAGCUUUAAAUUAUCCAUUAAAAACUGAUUAUAACUAACUUAUCGUAUUUUUUCUCCUAAAUAUGUAAUUCACUUUGCGAUAAUUGAUUACCUUGGAUGGAGACAUUUGUCGUUAAUUGUUUAUUUUUCAAUUCAAUAUUUGGUCUUCUUUCUGAGAAGUUGGGAUUACAUUGAAAUAUACAUGUAUUUGUUAUGUUAGAUAUUUUAAGUUAUUGAAUAUAUGUUUGUCUUGUAAAUUUGUCAAAUAGAUGUAAAUAUUGUAUAUACAUAUUGAUAUACCCCGGUGCAAUAUUCAUAUGUAAAUAGACAUCACUUUGUAUACAUUCACACAUAUGCCAUGGCCAUGGUGAUAUGAUAUUUAUUAAAUGUUAUUCAGAA